ACACACCACUAUUUAUAGGGCCUUUCUUCUGCCCAAACGGCAACUCCUCCCAUUUCUCUCUCUCUCUCUCUCUCUCUCGGUGUCACAGAUUAGAAGGGAAAGAAGCGAAGCGAUGCCUUGUCUUCCUGGAACGAGGACUUGCAUCGAACACCAAGAGGAGGAGACGGAGUGGGAGAGGUGUACGGCGCACGAGGUGCCGGAGGCGGUGGCGAGGCACCACGAGCACGCGGUGGGGUUGAACCAGUGCUGCUCGGCGGUGGUGCAGGCGGUGAAGGCCCCGGUGGCGGCGGUGUGGUCGGUGGUGCGGCGCUUCGACCAGCCGCAGGCGUACAAGCAAUUCGUGAGGAGGUGCGACGUCGUCGUCGGGGACGGCGACGUCGGCACGCUGCGGGAGGUGAGCGUCGUCUCCGGCCUGCCGGCGGCCACCAGCACGGAGCGCCUCGAGAUCCUCGACGACGAGCGCCACGUGCUCAGCUUCCGGGUGGUCGGCGGCGAGCACCGCCUCGCCAACUACCGGUCCGUGACCACGCUGCACCAGGAGGGCGGAAGCGGCGGGCGCACGGUGGUGGUGGAGUCGUACGUGGUGGACGUGCCGCCGGGCAACACCACGGAGGAGACGCGGGUGUUCGUCGACACCAUCGUCAGGUGCAACCUCCAGUCCUUGGCGCGGACCGCCCAAGGCCUCUCGUCAAGCGCGGCAGCAACAGCGGCGGCGGGAGGGCAACCCAUAAUUAAAUGAGAUUCGACGGGCUCUUUCUAAAGCUUUCCCCUUUUCCAAUUACCGUCUCUUCGAUCUAUAUUUCUCGAAUGCCAGAAUACUGUUUCCGAUCUGAUUCCCCAUAGUUGGACUUGCAAGUAUAAUAUCGAAUGCCAGAAUACUGUUGUGCAUCAGUUUAUAAAUAUUCAAUCAACUUAUUCCUGCUUAUGAAUUAA